GUUGUUGUCUCCACGAAAGCCAGCGAAGCGCAGAGUUUCACAGCAGCUGACGACGAAGAGGAAUCCAUUCGAGUACGUGCUCCGGCCGCAAGCCAUCGUCCACUCGGCGUCUCAGAAUUGGACUCGGACGCCCGAGGAACGAGGGCGAGAGACAGCGACAGAGCAGAGGGAGGAAGGGAGGACGAGAUAAAGGACGAGACGAGAUUUGGAGUGGAGAUCAGUGAAGCAGAUUCUUCCUUCCGGUGCAACUGUUUCCGGAAGCAAUUGAGUCGAUUGGGGGAGCGGGGCAGAGAGACAGCGGCGCAAUUGAUCGUCGUGUGCUCUGUUUCUGGGCUCAGGUCGGUGGAGGGCGGCAUUGACAGCAGCAGGAAGGGCACGAGGAGAGGAGGAGGACAGAGAGAGUGGAUGGCCGCGACGCUGUACGCAUCGCUGAUGGGCGGAGGGGCGGCGAAGAAGGAUGAGGGGCACGAGGUGGAGUUUUGGCACGACCCCGAGAGAGCAGGGUGGCUGAUGAAGCAGGGGGAGUAUCUGAGGACAUGGCGCAGGAGGUGGUUCGUCUUGAAGGAGGGGAAGAUUUUCUGGUUCAAGGAGACUGAGUUGAGCAAGAACUCGAAGCCCAGAGGUGUGAUUCUGGUCGGCAACUGCCUGACGGUGAAGGGUGCAGAGGAUGCCCUGAACCGGCCCUACGCCUUCGAGCUGUCUACCAGCAAGGAGACGAUGUAUUUCAUCGCCGACACGGACAAGGAGAAGGAGGAUUGGAUCAACUCCAUCGGCCGUUCCAUCGUCCGCCACUCCAAGUCUGUCACGGAUGACGAAGUUCUUGAUUAUGAUAGCAAACCUGUCGGUAACCCCAAGUAGAAUCGGUCGUUCUUGUUCGGAAGAGUCGGCAGCCGAUCGGAGUUAUCCAAGGGUUUCUCGCAUCCAUUGUUUGCCCAUGCGAACACGUGUUGUAGUGUACAGUUCCCCUCCCCUCCUUGGCGAUUAGGUCACCCUGCUGUGGUCGUUUUUUUGUUCUCGAAGGAAGUCAGCUCUGAAGGACUAUAAUUUCAGACAGAUUCUGGAAAGUGCAAAUUUGCGAAGUCUUGUACUAGGGAGGAAAAGGUGAUGUUAGAUUGGGUGUAUGAAAUUCCGUGUUCGUGGCUGCUUGCUGAAACGCGGGCUUUCGAGACUUCGAGCAGGACGAUACGAGACGUGUGUCUCGCCUGGUCUAAUUGUUGUGAACCCGGUCGAUUUUUUAAUUUCUUUUUUGAGGUCGGAGGAAGGCGGAGGAGGAAGAUAUAUAUACUUUUUGAGGUCGACGAAGCCCAAUUGUGUAUAUCACCGGGGCCCUGAAGAACAGACGUAGAGAUAAUCGGCAGGGAGAAUGUGCAGACAUCGCUACUGCCGUAGAAAAUGUGCUCUCUGUAGGGCUAGUAGGAGGAUUUCUACAAUGUACAAGCAGAAAAGAUAGGCAGAUGCUGCGUGCAAAUCGUGGCGUCCAAGGUCGUCAAUGACACGUAAUUGUUUCGGCAUACGCUUCUGAAAAUGCAGUAUAUCGUUGCGGUUAAAGUGAGAUAUCAAGAGCGUUGAUUUCACAUCUUGGAGGCAAGAAGCUUUUGUAGAGUGCCCCGGAGAAGUGCGACGAGCAGCAGUUUACUAUAUCUUGAGCAGGAUUUCAACAGAAGAGGAAGGAAACAUAAUGUUUACUAAUUUUCUUUGUACACAUGAACCUGUAGUCUUUGUGCUACUACUGAACUGUGGAGCACCGGCUACUCUUGGAGGUCACAUCUGGCUUGCUCUUGUCACCA